AUGGGUUGUGAUGGUGGUACUAUUCCCAGAAGAGAUGAACUUGUCCGAGUCAAAAAGAAGCCAGAGGUGAAAGAUAAAGAUGCUGAACUUGCCUUCAAAUGGAGGUGCUGCACAAUCACCCAAGAAAUCCUCUCAGAGCCCAUUGUGGUUUGCCACUUGGGAAAACUUUACAGCAAGAUGUCUCUCAUUGAAGCUCUGCUGGAUAGAACUACCCUUCCAGAAGCAUGCAGGCACAUCAAGAGCCUCAAAGAUGUUAAGGAUGUGAAACUCACAAACAACCCAGAAUUCAAAGGUGGGGAAGACAAAAAAGAGGGCUCUUUGGAUCACAGAUCUGCCCCAUAUGUCUGCCCAGUUUUGAGUCUUGAAAUGAGUGGGAAAUCCAGAUUUGUGGCACUGUGGUCUUGUGGAUGUGUGUUUUCUGAGCGUGCAUUGAAAGAAAUAGGCACAAAGAAUUGCCACAAAUGUACAAAGCCUUUUGAAGAUGAUGAUGUUGUUAUCAUAAAUGGCAAUGAUGAAGAUUUGGAUCUAAUGAAAGUUAGGAUGGAGAUCAGGCAAGCCAAAAAUAAGAAGAAAAAGGUAAAGAAGGAAGUUGAAUCUGAGGUUCCAAGUUCAGAACAAAGCAUUUCUACAAAGACAACAAAGAGAACAACUAACUGUGGCAAAGGGGAAGAGAGCAUCAAGAAAAUGAGAGUAGAAGAAGCUACUUCAUUGUCGAAAAUUGGGAAUGUUAUCUCUGGAGGAAAGGUCACAAAAGCUGAGGAACUGAGAAAAAUGAAACCUGAAUACAGUGUGGCCAAAGAUAAUCAUGUCACAAAGGUUUAUAAGUCCUUGUUCACUACUCAUCAGUCUGAAAAAGACCAAAAUAGGGCUCAUUGGGUGACUUAUAAUCCAUUCUACAAUUAG